AUGGCGGAGAUACCUACGCAGGAAGACACUGAACUGCCGUGGAAUUUAACGAUCUACGCAGUGGCCCCAGUGACCACCUUUGAGACGUCAAACAUUGAUGGGCCGCCAAUCAGUGUAUUUGAAGUACUCAAGCACGUCAGUCCAAAGGCUCGAGUCAUCUUCCACCCGGUUUUCACCAGGGCAGAGGUAGCCUCAGCUUCUUCAUCCAUGCCACAAGCACUUAGAGCCAAUGCAAAAGAAGACACGGUCCCAGAAGGCCACCCUCGUAAAGUCACUAAUGCCGGAAGCUCCAUUGUAUGUGAAUCAGAGACGCAUCCAGAAAACCAUGAAGGGAUUGUUGGACCCAAUACAGUUGUUCCUUCUGAGUUGCCCAAACCUGCACCAGUCGGCAGAACAGCAACAAGCUCUAUCGAAGUCUCAGAGGUGUUUGUUCCGAGAACAAUUAAUGAAGAAGCGAUUACUCUUCUCGAUGCUCUCCAAAAAAACGCCUACGAGAAUGAAUGCGGGCAACGGAAUGAGAUUAUUCUUGCAGGGUAUGGGUUUGGAGGUUUCGUGAUCAAACAGGCGAUUAUUUUAGCAAACACGAAUCCCAUUUACUACAAAAGCGGUUAUGAUAUCUCUAAGCUCGUCUUCUUUUCAACCGCUCACCGUUCUGUCGAGAAGAGAGGGUGGGAGAGUAUUCUAUUGGACAUGAUCGAGGCUCAUGACAUGGAAUUCACUGUCAGGUUGUCACAUAUUCUUUCCACUCUUGUCAACUCAGUCUCUCACCUGUCUCACAAUUUCCACAAAUUCGCUUCCAAAUACUCGAUCGUCAAUUUCGUUGAAGGUCUUGGCGAGAACUCCACUAUACCGAUGAUAGGUGACCUGGGAAAAUUCCAUAAUGAUUUUGAGAAAGUUGUAUCCCGGUCAGAAGCAUCAUACCAGAGUAUUAUCAACUAUGAUUUGGACACAAUUGAUGACUUGGAGAUGCUGAGGCGGCACUUUACCCCGACACAAGCGUCGAAUUGCGAUGCUUACUCGCACCUCAGACAAUCAAGCUACAAUCAAGUAAAAAACACAUACUUUGAGGCUUUGCGUACAUUAUCGAAUUCUCCUUGGAUUUUGCAUGAGCCUCGAAUACUUGACAGUUUCGAAGAGUCCAUCGCGCUUAAGUCUAUUUAUGGUUCCCUUCUGAAUGGAAUUACGUCAGAUGAGGUCUUUGACACGAAAUCCAUUCAGGUGAUUGGGAAGGAUGGUCUCGGAAAGUCGGCGCUUCUGAAGCUGAUUAUCCAGGACAUCAGCCAGAAGACAUCAACAAUCACUCUCGAUAGUUGCCUUCCCUAUUCGGAUAAUACUCCAAGCCUUUACAGCUUGCUCAACACCUUCAUCCAUCAGAUCAUCUCUCAACGACCCAGCUGGUUCCAUCGAGUCGAAAGCAUAUUUGCGGAUAUACUCCUGCGCGAUGCUUGGACAGAAGAAAGUCUACGCGUUGUGCUCACAUCGCUUGUGCGCUACGCUGAGAACAGCCUAUUCCUCGUUGUCAUAUAUGAUUACGAAGAUUGGCCAAGCAGAAUUCAUUUGUGGUUUUCACAUGAACUGCCAAAAAUUUUCGAAUCCUGCAGAACGAGGUUUACAUUCAUUACCAGCAGCCGGAACAGUGUCAAGACCUUGUUCUUUCCUAAGGAAAUGCAACUUGACUUAGACAAGGAUUAUGCGACCUAUCGUAGGAAGUUUAUACACGCAAAAUUGGAUUUUCUUUUGGAUCGGAGCUACGGCUCAGCUAUGCUGAACCGUCACUGUACAACUGAAUUGACUGAGCAGAUCACAAGGGCCGCUGAUGCCUUUCAAGGUUCUUUGUCAGCGACUGGGACCUAUCUGACAUCGCUGUUCGAGCGAUUCUCUUUAACAACUCCCCAUGUCAUCCAAAGUCGCAUUGGAGAGAGUGCCCGGACUGAAGAGGAACUUUACAAGCCCCAGGUCUUAGCCCUCGGAAGCAAACAUCCAGAUGUUAGAGCCUGGGUUUUAUCAGCGGUUUCUUGGACCAUGAGAUCCAUGAGAACACUUCGACUAGAGGAACUAGCGGUCGCUGCUGCUGUCAAGCCUGAGGACAGAACAUUCCGUGACAUCAAAGACAGUGUCUCGAUGGAUAUAGCACAGGAUCUAAGGCGACAUAUGGGUCUCGUAGUUGCCAUUGAAGAUCGCCAAGCAUUCAUUGCCAACUCGUUCGUAAGGGGCAUCUUGAACGCAACUCCGAAGCAGGACCUUGAUCUGAAUGGCCACCUUGAACUUACGCAGCUUUGCUUGGGAUACCUCAAAAUAGUCCUGAAAGAGUUCAAUACCGGAACAGAAAAUGGGAAGUACUUUCAACCGAAGUCCCCGUCCAGAUCAACCCUUAUCAAAGAAAGCGUAAGUGGCGAUUUUCGUGAGAAUGGGUUCGAAUUUUUUGACUACGCUUGCCGAUUCUGGCAUGAGCACUUUUUGCAAGUUGCGAGUCCCGAAAAAGAUCUCAAAGACGAGGUGGCUUCAUUUCUGUUGUCACCUGAAGCGCAGAAGUGGUUCGAGUAUUACGUCUUUUGCCAUGGUCAACCUCCGAGUCUACUUCAGAAAGUUGAGGAGGGAAGGAUUCCAAUCUCGGCAGCCGAUCCGCCUGAUAUGAAGGGCGAAGAUGAGGAGUCCGGGGCUGAGGGAAGUGAGCGGAUAAGCCGUCAUGAUUUUGCCAUUGGCAUGUCCUGCUGCAUUGGCCUUGGUCCGAUGAUAUCCGAGCUCUUUGGAGAAGAUCCAUCAGCUGAAAAGGCUGUCUCUCUGAGAACACGGCGAGGAAGCCUAGAAAGAACAAUUGACUUUCGCGGCAGAAUAUCUGCUGAUUGCCUUGCCUACGCUAUCGCGAAUGACGACGUCGACGCAACAAGGGCUUUUCUCAGAGCGCUGGAAUUCGAAGCCAUCCCAUAUCAUCUACUCCAUCAAUCAGCUUUUAGCGGUGCAUUGAAGGUGUCCGGGAUGCUUUUGAAGUCGAUGACCGGUCCCUGUAAGGCAAAAGAUGGAACGACACCACUACACAUGGCUGCAAGUGGAGGAAGUUCGAGUGUCAUCAGUUUAUUACUCGGAAAGGACGCAUCCGAAGACGAGUACAGAAUCACCGAGAUUGCCGGUAAGAUGGAUAGCGUGGACAGCAGUCUACAAACUCCCUUGAUUAUCGCUGUCAGAAAGGGUCAUGUGGAUGCAGCGAAAACUUUACUCGAGGGUGGCGCAUUUGCGUGUAGCCAGGAUUCCACCGGCAAAACAGCAUUGCACUACGCAAUUCUAACUUGUCCUAGUAUUGGUCAAAGCCUUAUGACCCAUGAUUCAGUGCGUAUAAGAGACAACGACGAUUGUACACCCUUGCAUAUAUCGACAAGAGUAGGAAACUCUGAAGCAACAUCCGAUAUCGUCAACCUUUACGAGGAGGCCAUAAGAGAUGUGGAUAGAAAGAAUAUGACACCGCUACACUACGCUGCGCAGGGGGGCUUUAGAGAUAUUGUUGCAGAAUUACUGCGCCACGAUGAAGUCCUGACGGACGAUCAACUGGCUUCAGCCGCCGAACUCGCCGCGAUCCACGGCCACCUGGACACUGUCAAGUUGCUCUUGUCCAAGACAUCUGAUAUUAACAAGGGUAAAUGUUUAAUCAAAGCCUCUCGCGCGGGGUCACUGGUCGUGGUCCAAUACUUGCUGCGAGGUCAGUAUCACAUAAGUCCCAACUUUAUCGACAACAACCAAUUUCCGCUGUCCGAAGCCGCUGCAAACGGGCACACAGAGAUUGUACGGGUCCUAUUGAACUCUAAAGCUUCAGCGUUAGUAUCGGAUGACAAGCAACGCAAAACACCUCUCCAUCAUGCCGCUGAAAACGGAACGUUAAGCGUUUGCAAGUUGCUUCUCCAACACCGAGCUGAUGUAAAGGCGGCGGAUGUGGAUAGAAAGACGCCGUUGCAUUUUGCUGCAAUCCAUGGAAAGCCUGAAGUCAUCGAUCUUCUAUUGGAAAAAGGCUCAAGUAUUGAUGGCCUGUCAAGAACCCGACAGACGCCUCUUCAUUUGGCAGUCAAGCAUCCGAAGUCAGUUCAAACUUUGCUUGACAAUGGCGCCGAUCCUAAUGUGAAGGAUAAUCUCAGCCAAACUCCGCUACAUCUGGCCACUCGCUACACUUGCCUAGAUUCGGUGGAACUUUUGUUAAGAAAGGAGGCUGAGAUUGAGGCUGAAGAUGACAAGGGACGAACAGCAUUGUACUAUGCUAUCCAUAAUGGAAAUCUUGAGAUGGUCAAAAAGCUCUGUAGCCACGGCGAGGAUGGCCACGACUGGCACAGGGAACUAUCUUGGGCAGUUGAAUGUGCAGACUACCCCAUUUUCCAUCACCUUCUGGAUCUAGAUAUGUCCAAAGCAUUGGACGCCCAGUUAUUCCACAGCGCCGCGGCAGGUCCAUCGGCGGAAAUCCUUCAGCUAAUCCUGGACAGAGAGGUAGAUGUCAAUCUCAAGUGGUCGGAUGAGAGUGCCCUACAUGCCGCAGCUGAGAAUGGACGCGUGGAGAAUGUCAGACUCCUCAUUUCAAAGGGGGCCGAUGUUGACAUCCGCAACGACCGUGGCCAAACCUCUCUCCAUACUGCAGCCAAGGAAGAUCAGGCGGAGGUGGUUGAGGAACUCUUAAAGUCAAAUGCAAAUAUCAACGCCACGGAUCAAGAAUCACGAACACCUGUCUAUUUUGCUGCGUACAAUGCAAAUUCUGAUGCCCUCAAGAUCCUUCUCGACCAUAAACCGGACGGUCCGGACCUUGGUAUCACAGCUUUCGAUGACGACGCCUGGUCUCCACUCCAUGUUAGUGCUGAUGAUUUGGAGGCUACCAAAUUACUCGUCAACAAUGGAGCCGAUCCGAAUCUGCCUAAAGGAGACGGAUAUACUCCUUUGCACCUCGCUAUUCUAUGGGGUGAACUUCUCGUUGUUGAAUUUCUGUUGAAAGCCAAAGGAGACCCAACCCUGACCACGGGAGAUGGCCAGACAGGCUUCCAAAUUGCGUUAGAAGGCUCUCGAUGUGAUCUUGAGAUGGUCAAAAUACUGAUGCCUAAAGAGAAAACUGUACAAGCGUCCGACCUGGUGUUGGCUGUCAACUCUGGCCGCCUUGACAAGUUGCAAUUGCUGUUGGAUAGAGGGGAAGUGUCUGAGGGUAGCCACAAGUGGCCACUGGAUGAGCUGAAGCCUGCAUAUUGGAGAGCCAUCACCUUGCAUUGCCAAAUGUUGCGCGAUAACCAGGACCUGACGGACUCGGAGUACCCGGAUAUUGUCGAAGCCUUGAUCAAGAAGAAUGAUUUGCUCCUGGAGACCGUAGAGCCUCCAGAAACCGGCAUGAAUGCUCUGAAGACAUGUCUCCAUAACCGAGGCAAGCGAGGGGAAGAAGAAGAAAUAGCUGAGCGUCUUGUGGAAGCUGGAACGAACCCUAUAGUGCACUGUAAUGCCGAUGGCAGAUCGGCCCUAGAGUUGGGUAUGAUAUCACGACGAACUUUCAAAUCGGAGUUCAUUGGACUCUGCAUUGAUUACAUCCCAUCGGAUAUCGAUGACGUCAAGGCCUUGGGCAUAGGGUUCAAAGAGCUACGCAUCGCAACUGAGCUGGAUGAGCCAGCCAUGUGGGAGAAGCUCAAGUUCUUGAGGCAAGAGAUUGUUACCGAGUCUGAUCAAGAUGGUUGGUCCAUUGACCAUUUUGUGCAUCAGAGCGGCGGGAGAAUCACGCCGGUAGCGGAGGCGCCGCCGCCACUGACAACCUGCAAGAGGCCACAGAGAAUGAUAUCGCCCUCAGAAUGGGGUGGCGAUAAUGUAGACUUGCAAAAGCGACUUAGCAUUCACGAUGAUGGGCUUGUUGUUGACCUUUUGGAAAGAAGGGACCGCGAAGAGGGAUGGGACGCCCCCAUUACCUUACGAGCUAACUUCCCAUUCCUUCCAAGGCCUACCAGUCCGCAUAGCGAUCACUUACGAUACUUCGAAGUUAAGAUAUUACCAGCUGAUCCGGAACCGAACAAUGACCAGAAUUCUGUGGAAUCCAGUAGUGGUGAAGAGCACUCUGAGUCCGGAAACAGUAAGGAUGAUUCUGAAGACGAGUCGUCGUUCAACAUUGAGAUCGGUUUCUGCGGAGAAUUCACAGACCUAGCAAAAGCUCGUGUGGGCUCACGGGCUUGGACAGUGGGCUACUGCGGCGAGGAUGGGGUCAUCGGUGGGCCCCUGGAAUGUCCUCCCGUCAGCGACGAAGAAAACAGCCCUGAGAAUAUCAAAUUCAGUAUAGGCGACACAGUGGGCUGUGGGAUAGACUAUUCGAAAGAGGAGUACUUCUUUACUCUCAACGGCCGCAUCGUUGGUUCCUAUGGCGACGAUGUGAUUUUCAGGAAGCUAUACCCUGUCUUUAGUCAUGAAGGUUUACCGUGCAAGGUCCAAGUCAUCUUCGAGGAGGCAGAAUUCACAUGGCAAAGGCCAAUGCCAAAGCCUGUUCGAACUCUUACUGGCAGCCGAAGGGGCUGA